ACGGGUAGCCCCAAAGAUCCUGCCGCAGCCCCUAGAGCGUGGCCCCCGGGGUCGGACCCAGCGCGACCCCAGUGCUGCCUCAGGGGCGACCUGGAGCCUGGACGCGAGCUCCCCUCUCCAAGCUGUGCCCAUGAGCACCAAGCGGCGCCUGGAGGUGCAGGAGACUUUGCACAAGCAGUUCUUGUCCGAGGAGAACAUGGCCACCCACUUCUCUCAACUCAGACUGCACAACCACCACCCCUACUGCAGCCCUCUCAGGGCCUUACCUCCAGUCCUACCCCCACUCAGGAGCCCUUGCUCUGAGCUCCAUCUGUGGUGCUACUCUGGGAACCUGAUCCCUGAAGCCCUCCGGCUGCUGAGGCUGGGGGACACUCCACCCCCCACUACUCUGUUACCACAGCUGGGGACAUAAUGGAGCUCUGAGUACUGGUGGGUAAUGUCCUGCCCACCUGCCUUUCUCCACACAUAGGGGAGACCAGCACCAAGCUUCCCUGCUUCUCCUCCUCCACCAGACCAGGCCUCUGGGCAUCAGGACCUUCCCCCCCACCAAGGAGGACACUGAGGACAGAGCCCUGAGUGGGAGGGCAGGAGGGGCAGGAGCUUGGGGAAGAAGGCAUGCUACUGAGAAGCACUGAAUAAAGACUGCUGAACAAGUGAA